ACGUAACGAGGAAUCUUCAGUUCCAAAUCUCUUUCUUCUACGUUUCUCGGAAAAUAAAUUGUCAAUUCGACUGGGGAAGGAAGAAACCUUCACGAUUCCAUCUUUCAAACGAAGAUUUACAUUAUAUAGUGAGGAGUAAUCUGCAUUUUUCUUUAAGGUUUUGAGGUUUAGUAAAUGUGGAGGAGAUAGAGAUAGAGAGAAAGAGCAAUGUGGAGUUCGAUCGAGAAUUUGAAGGAGAACUUGAACAAGAUCGCGCUCGAUGUGCACGAAGACUACGACGACGAAGAUGAAGAGGCUCUUCACAGUUACGGUUCAGCUAAUAAUGUCGGUGGUCGGAGGAGCUCCAGGUCAGCUUCGAGGUAUCAGAUCUCCAAUGGAAUCGAAUCGCCUGCUCAUCACGAGAUUGAGAGGUAUAAGGCAGAGAUUAAGAAGCUUCAGGAGUCUGAAUCAGAUAUCAAAGCUUUAUCAGUUAAUUACGCAGCUCUUUUAAGAGAUAAAGAGGAUCAGAUCUCCAGACUGAACCAGGAGAAUGGCUCAUUGAAGCAAAGUCUUACCUCUACUAGUGCUGCCUUGAAAGAGGCCAGAACUAGCAUUUUCAGGAAAUCAAACAAUAAUGCUAUCAAGGGAAACAACGAUCAGUCACCUAACAGGCUUCAAAAAUCUGUGUCACUUUCAAAAGGUCGAGGCCUUAUGUCCAAUGGAAAAGGGAAGGACACUGAUUCAAAACUAAAGGAAAAGGACCUUGCUGAUAUGCUAGAAGAUAGAACAAAAUCACUGGCAGCUGUUCAAGCUAAAGAACUUGCCAAAGAGCGUGAAAAAUUCAGAGAAUUGCAGCUUUCUCUGCAGGAGGAGCGGAAACGGAGUGAAUCUUUCAAGGAGGAACUCGAGUCUCUGAGGUUAGAUAAGAACAAAACCUCGUUGGAGAUUAGCAAAGUGCAUAGUGAACUGGAUGAAAAAUUACUUGAAAUCAAUCACUUGCAGAUGAAGUUGAAUGAUCAGCAGAGCCAUGCUGUUGGAACUGCCAUGGAACAUCUAAAAGAAGUUAACAAAGCACUAGAGAGGGAAAACAGCGAGCUUAAGUUGAAACGAACUGAGCUAGAAGCUGCUUGGGAAGAAAGCAGGAGGCCAAACAGUAGGAAAGUCUUCCCAGACACCACAGAGGCUCUGACUAGAUAUCCUAGUAGUUUGGACAAGAAGGAAACUGAAAAAGAAGAAAUGGAGCAAUCCCUGCAGAGGUUGGAAACAGAUUUGAAGGACGCACAAAGAGAAAGGGAUAAAGCACGGAAAGAACUAAAACGCCUCAAACAACACUUGCUAGAAAAGGAAAUGGAAGAGUCUGAGAAAAUGGAUGAAGAUAGCCAAUUGAUUGAAGAACUCCGCCAGACUAAUCAAUAUCAAAGGUCCCAGAUAUCACAGUUGGAGAAAACACUUAAGGAGGCAAUGUCUAGUCAGGAGGAUAACAGGAUGAGCAAUGACAAUCAAAUCCGGAACUUAAAGGAAACAAUUGAUGACUUGAAUCAAAAACUUACAAAUUGUUUGAGAACAAUCGAGUCCAAGAAUGUUGAACUUCUAAAUCUUCAAACAGCUCUUGGCCAGUACUAUGCUGAAAUCGAAGCUAAGGAACAUUUUGAACGAGAGCUUGCGGUUGCUAAAGAUGAGCAGACGAAGCUUUAUGGUCGUUUGAAAGAUGCAGAUGAGCGAUUGGAGUCAUCAGACAGAGAAAAGGAAGAUAUCACAUCCAAACUGUUGCAAGCUGAGAAGGUUGCGGCUGAAUGGAAAAACAGAGUAACCAAGGUUGAAGAAGACAAUGCAAAAGUGCGCCGUGUACUUGAGCAGAGCAUGACGAGGCUAAAUAGAAUGUCAAUGGAGUCGGAUAAUCUCGUUGAUAGGCGUAUCGUUGUUAAGUUACUGGUUACGUACCUCCAGAAGAAUCAUAGCAAAGAGGUGUUGGACCUCAUGGUUAGGAUGCUGGGAUUUUCAGAGGAAGAUAAAGAGCGGAUUGGAGUGGCACAACAAGGAGGCGGUAAAGGUGUUGUAAGAGGCGUUUUGGGCUUUCCUGGUCGCUUCGUUGGUGGAAUCUUGGGUGGGAAAACCGCAGGUUCACAUGCCAAUGCGGCUUCUGAUAACCACUCUUUUGCGGAUUUAUGGGUGGAUUUUUUACUGAAAGACGCAGAAGAGCGAGAAAGAAGAGAAGCAGAAGAGGCAGCAGCAGCAACCGAAGCUAAGCAAGAUUCGGAGAAGACAAGACAAGACGGUUCUUUGUCUGAUUCGGAGUACUCCACGGUGCCUCUUAGAUCAUCGGACAUUAAUCAACGGCUCUCGAGAGUACUUCCGUAAGGUGGUAAAUACACAUACUUAUAUAUUACACACACUUAAAUAGGUGUUUUGAGUAUCUGUGGAGUCUUGUGUUGUAAUUAUGAAUCUCAUAACACAGCAGUCGUUUGUCCUUCUUUCAGUCCAAUUUUGUCCAAGGGAAGUUAAAGCUGUUUUUUCUUUUGCUGAUGUAUAAUGAAAGAACCUUCUCUUUUAAAGGUUUCCCAAUGCUCAAUACUUCUUAUUUGGUGCAAGAACCAAGAAAUAAACAUUUGUAUCAUAUUA